UGAUAACCAUCACGAUCGUCUUAUUUAUCAUGUUAAGUAUAGGUCAAUAUGUAAUAUUUAAUUUUCAUACCUCAUGUACACAUACACAUUUAUAGAGUUAAAAUAGUGUUGUACCAAACAUGGAUUUAUAUUUGUUUUCGAGUGUUUUGGGUUGUUGUGUGCUUGCUGGUAUCUGCUAUGGUCAAGAUACAAUGGUGUCGUGUCCAGAUAGCUGGGAACCAUUCAACGGUAACUGCUACCUUUUUGUUACCAACAAGCUGGUAACUUACUCGCAGACCACUGACGAGUGCAACAAAUUUGAUUCGUCGCCAAUGUAUUUUGACACGCAAGACGAAAUAAACUGGUUUAAAAAAAUGAUCCAGAAGUACCCAUCCAGCGAAUACUGGACCGCUCUCAACGAUAUACCAAGAUUAGGGGGCGUAAAAGCUCCAGGGACGGGCCAAUGGAAGUGGGGCUUAUACGGGCGUGUUGAUCCCAGUCUUAUCCGCUGGACUCCCGUGCCGGCAAAUGACACACUGAACAACUGCGGCGGACUGAAUGCCUUGGCAACAAUGGAGGACGCAGACUGUAACUCCAGGCAGGGGUACAUAUGCAACAUUGAACUCACGGCUGGUGCCAAAUGUCCUACCAACUGGAUAGCGACAGACACGGACUGCUACUACAUCAGCAACGCGUCCGAUCCCGCCCAGCGGUUCACAUGGAGCAAUGCCAAGGACCGCUGCAGUGCCCUGAUCGCCGGCGCUCAUCUCAUCACCAUUGAUGACGUCAAUGACCAGUCGUUUCUGGUACUGGUUUCCUACUCGGUGACGGACGCCUUCCUGCGCUGGACGGGGCUUCAGUACCAGAACGGCGCCUGGGGCUGGUUUAACGGGGCCACAUUUAGCCAACAGUUCUUCAAAUGGGCGACAGAACCCGAUGACGUGGCCAAUAUCGAGAACUGCGCUGUGAUCCGGCCGAACGGCAUGUUCAGUGACCGAGCCUGCAACAUGGUGCGCAACUUCAUGUGCAAGACCUCGCAGACGACCAUCGACACGACAUUUAACCUCGGCUGUGGCACGUGGACACGCGCGGGCAGCUCGUGCUACAAGUUCUUCAAGAACCCUCUCUCCACGUGGGACGACGCCCAGGCCACGUGUAAGGCGCUCAAGGGAAAUCUCAUCAAUGUUAAAGACAAAGAUCUGAAGAUGUGGUUGACCAAUCAGAUGCUAGACCCUAUGAACAAUUGGCCCAUGUGGACGGCCCUUAACGACAAGGUCAUCGAGGGAUCAUUUGUCUGGUCGGACGGGUCAGCCUUGGACCCAGAUACAAUAGCCUGGAACCAGGAGCCUAACGAUUACAAAGGUAACGAGGACUGCGCAACCGUCAUGCCAGACGGCAACUUUAACGACAACCCGUGCACCGCAUUUGCAGCGCCUCUAUGCGAAGUGGAUAAUGUGUCCGCGUGCCCGACACGCAGUGAUGGAGGAUACUGGCUCACCCGCAACUCUGACUCCGGGUCCGGUUUUGAUUGCUACUUGUUCGGGAACACCUCCACAUAUGACGCCUUGAUGACGUAUGCAGAAGCGCGCGACUACUGUCCAACGUUGGCCUCGACCACCAAUCAAAUUCCAGCAUUGUUUGUGCUGGACAGCGCGGCGGAAAGGAGCUUCAUAACGGAGCAACUGCACGGCUAUUUAAAAGACCCGUUCACCGGUUUUUGGACCCAGCUUACAGACGCGGGUAGCGAAGGUUAUUGGAGCUGGGCUGGGAAUAAACAGGCAGAUACAGGCUUAGUGACCUGGGUGAAGGAGCCACUCAGCCUCACGCCGGAUAUGGACUGUGUGCAAGUAAUCUACAACUCCUACUUCGUCGUCCGGAAGUGCGGUACGAAGUCGGGCUACAUCUGCGAGAGAAGCGCCUAUUCGCCCGGGAGAAGCGCCGGUACUAAACUCAGUGGCAAUUUAGUUUUGUCGGCGAUAGCAGGGAUAUACUGGUAUAUGUUAAUCCACUGAUACCGUUCAAAAUAUCUGAACAUUAUGCUGACUUGGAAGCUACGGGUGAUGUGAUACAUACUUACGUAUUCACGAGUUAAACAUUUACAUCUUAACAUUGUGUUCGUAUACAACAUCCAACCGCGCUCACGAAUUGCAUUUCGCCAGCUUAGUGUUAAAAUGCUCUAUGUGCUUCUUGAAGACAUGUUGGAAAGGCCUUUUAUCGCCCUAAGGUAGCAAUAUCUCGGAUAUUUGAACAUAUAUUGGCGUUCAAGAAUUUGUACAUGUUGACAUCAAACUAUCAUUGUCAUUAACUCGAAGCAAUCCUUUUUUAUACAUCAAUGAUAAUAUAGGUAAUGCGUUUUAAUGAGCAAAUCAGACCACACAAUGAUGUUAAUAUAUGGUGUAAAUCUACUAAUAAAUUAUAUAUAACCUACUUAUACAUUAUAUAUAUUGCCUAUAUGUAUUUUGUUCCAUCCGUAACUCGAAUGUAAGUAUAUUUCUGGCUGAACAAAACACAACAUGUUUAAUACCGGCA